UCUUUAAAUCACACAAGCUUUGACAUUUCACGCAUGCGCACACACGAAGCGAUGGGGAGGCUGUGAAAUCGAUCGUCGAGUGAAGUGCUCCUCCCUGAUCGUGUCACCAUGGCUGACAAACAAAAUGUUCAAAAAAGUGUCAAAAUAGCUGCCGGAGCAGUUGUUUGUGUUGAAAGUGAAAUCAGAGGAGAUGUAACCAUUGGUGCCAGGACGGUGGUCCACCCCAAAGCUCGUAUCAUCGCAGAGGCAGGACCCAUAGUGAUUGGAGAGGGCAAUUUGAUAGAGGAGCAAGCUCUUAUCAUUAAUAGUUACCCUGAGAACAUCAUGCCAGACUCUGAAGGGGUGGAACCAAAGACCAUGACCAUUGGUAUCAACAACGUGUUUGAAGUUGGAUGCGUAUCCCAAGCCUUGAAAAUCGGAGACAAUAAUGUAAUAGAAUCUAAAGCUGAUGUUGGUAGGAAUGUGAUCCUCACCAGUGGCUGUAUCAUCGGGGCCUUCUGCCAGGUCAACACCUGUGAGGUCAUACCAGAAAACACAGUCAUCUAUGGCUCCGGAUGUAUGAGACGAGUACAGACAGAGAGGCCUCAGCCCCAGACUCUCCAGCUUGACUUUCUGAUGAAGAUCCUACCAAAUUACCAUCAUUUGAAGAAAACCGUCAAAGCCAGCCAAAACACUAAGAACUAACUUUACGCUUAUGAGGAAUGACAGAUGGACAUGUUAGUAAGGCAGGAGUUGCCAUAUUUAAAAAAAAAAAAGCUUACAGCUGAGAAGUAUGAAUGUAUAUAAUUAUGUAAAAUGUAGCUUGCUGUCAGUACCUUUUCUCCUUU